AUGGCUUCCAACAUGACCCCGUCCAAGAUGGCUGCUUCGGCUAUUGAGUCGUUCACUAUUGACUCUCCCGUCAAGAAGCUGGACUUUGGCGCCGCGAAGACCGCGGAGGUGAAGAAGUUUGUAGACGCCAAAGAGGAGAACAACACAGCAGUCUCUGCUAUCAAGGCAGCUGAGGCAGAGGAGCCCCUCCUGAAGGAGAACGCCCAGCGCUUUGUCCUGUUCCCCAUCAAGUACCACGAGAUUUGGCAAAUGUACAAGAAGCACGAGGCUUCGUUCUGGACUGCCGAGGAAAUUGAUCUCUCCAAGGAUCUGCACGAUUGGAACAACCGUCUGAACGAUGAUGAGCGGUUCUUUGUCUCGCACAUUCUGGCAUUCUUUGCUGCCUCUGACGGCAUUGUCAACGAGAACCUGGUUGAGCGCUUCAGUGCCGAGGUCCAGGUGCCUGAGGCUCGCUGCUUCUACGGUUUCCAGAUCAUGAUGGAGAACGUCCACUCGGAGACAUACUCCCUGCUCAUUGACACCUACAUCAAGGAUACUGCGCAGCGCACCCACCUUUUCAAUGCUAUCGAUACCAUUCCUUGCAUCCGGAAGAAGGCCGACUGGGCUCUGAAGUGGAUCUCGGACCGCGAGUCUACCUUCGCCCAGCGCUUAGUAGCUUUCGCCGCCGUUGAGGGUAUCUUCUUCAGCGGUGCCUUCUCCUCCAUCUUCUGGCUGAAGAAGCGUGGCCUGAUGCCUGGCCUGACCUUCUCGAACGAGCUCAUUUCCCGUGACGAGGGUCUGCACACCGACUUUGCCUGCCUGCUUUUCUCGCAUCUCAAGAACCGCCCCAGCAAGCAGCUGAUCGAGGAGAUCAUUGUCGAUGCUGUCAAGAUUGAGCAGGAGUUCCUGACCGAGGCGCUUCCAUGUGCUCUUCUCGGCAUGAACUCUACGCUCAUGAAGCAGUACAUUGAGUUCGUUGCCGACCGCCUGCUAGUUGCUCUUGGCAAUGACAAGGUGUACAACUCCACCAACCCCUUCGACUUCAUGGAGAACAUCUCCCUGGGUGGCAAGACCAACUUCUUUGAGAAGCGCGUCCCGGAGGAGGCGCCCGUUGAAAACGUCGACGGUGGCAACUUCAACUUCGACGAGGACUUCUAA